AUGGCGUCUUAUCUGGCAGAUCUGCCCUCGCUAGGCGAGUUCUUUCCCCCUACAGCUCGAGCGGCCAAGUUGUCCCUCGAUAUCUUCAGAUUAUACAUACCCAUCUCGCUGGUGCUAUGGACACCCUUGAAAAAGCUACAGGCGAUGGGCAAGACCUCGUCCAAAUCUCACCUGAGUCUCACUGGUCGUUAUGCGUGGGCGGCGGCGGAAUUGGUUGGGCCGAUUAAUCUGCUCUACAUCCUUUUCACUUUGCCAUCAAAACUCAGACCCCAGCCUGAUGCUGCAACCAGCUUCCUAGGUACAGGCUUGCCUGCUCAGAACGAGAUAUUGGCGUGCUUGUAUCUCCUUCACUACGCCAACCGUGCCAUUAUCAGCCCGCUGUAUCUGAACCCGAGCAUGUCACCCAUCCAUCCAUUCGUUACAGCGUUCAUGAGCGUCUUUCAAUACACGAACUCGACCAACAUUGCCUGCUGGCUUGUGUACUCGACACUGACCGCCAACACGGAGAGUCGGGCCAUAAUCUCUUUCGGUUCAUUCAUAGGGGUCUCGAUCUUUCUGCUGGGACUGGUGGGCAACAUCUGGACAGAGACGACGCUCUAUGAUUUACGACGGGGAGCUGCGAGGAGGAAAUCCAAGUCAGAGGGCAAAGCGACGAUUACUUACGACAAGGUGUACGUGAUCCCACCAGCUGAGGGAGCGUUCAAGUAUAUCUUACACCCGCAUUACGUCCUGGAGUGGCUUGAAUGGACGGGGUAUUGGGUCCUGGGAGGAGUAUGGGGACUGGGAUGGGGAGGUCAGAGUCCGGCCUUGUGGUUUGUGAUUUGCGAAGUAGUGACAAUGCUUCCUCGCGCAGUUACCGGCCGUCAGUGGUAUGAGGAGAAGUUUGGCAAGCGGGCUGUUGGAGGGCGAGCGGGUGCAAUCCCAGGACCGAUCAGACUGUGA